CACUACGCUUAUCAUGAUUAAGAAAUCAGAGUUUCUUUAUCUUUGGCCAUUCCUAAAUCUUAAAUUCUAAAUCUAACGCUGUUUAUCAUCUGAUUCAGAGUUUAUAUUAUAUUUCUUAAAUAUGGAGGUGUCUGUUCAUCUUCAGAUUAAGAGUUGAGAACUCACCUCACCCAGAUUUGCUCCUUUUCCCUUCUCUUGCUCUAAUUUGCAGUCUGAGUGUGUGAGUGAGUGAAAGUUGAUGGCAGAAGCAAUGUCUCUUUGAUUUCUCCAUUGUUAAGAGACGAUGAAGGGAGGUUCUGUUAAUGGAGUUGGAAUGUCCACCAUAACUACAACCACAACCACAACCACAAAGAGACGAUGGAGAGGUUUCGUCAUUGCUGUUCUUGGUCUCGUCUUCCUCUCUAUGCUUGUUCCUCUCGUCUUCCUUCUGGGCUUUCACAAUGCUUUUCACUCUUCUCUUUCUGGAUCUGCUUUUCCGUCUCAACAACAUACUCUUUCCUUGGAUGAUUUUACUAUUGGAGCUUAUGAAUCUCACUACUCCAACAACAAUACUAAGGAUCAGCAUGAUCAAACAAGACAUAUUGAAGAUCUCAUGGGGAGAUUGACACCUACACUACCAAAGGAGUAUGUUGGUACACAAGUUCCAGAAAGAUCUGAUCAUAGUGGAAUAAAAGGAUCCUUUACUAAAGCUCCUGUGCAAGUUCUCCAACUAAAAGGAAGCCCUGGGCAUCCUGUCGAUGUUGAUAUUCAAAAAGCAUCUUCAGAAAGACAUAAUGCCAACGUCAACAAUACUGUUUUGAUACAACCAUCAAAUGGUGAUGAAAGUGAAGUGCCAUGUGAAUUGAGAUUUGGGAGCUAUUGUCUUUGGCGCCGUGAAUACAAGGAAGCUAUGAUAGAUUCCAUGGUGAAAAAGUUGAAGGAUCGUCUAUUUCUAGCUCGUGCAUACUUCCCAAGCAUCGCAAAACUUCCUGUACAAGAUAAGUUGUCCAAGGAGUUAAGGCAAAAUAUACAAGAUUUUGAACGUAUGUUGAGUGAAGCUACUACAGAUGCUGAUCUUCCACCUCAUGUUGAGGAUAAGCUGGUGAAAAUGGAAGCUACAAUAGCUAGAGCCAAAUCUGUACCUGUGGAUUGCAACAAUGUGGACAAGAAAUUCAGGCAACUUCUUGAUCUAACUGAGGAUGAAGCUAAUUUCCACACCAAGCAAAGUGCCUUUCUUUAUCAACUUGCUGUCCAAACCAUGCCAAAAUCUCUACAUUGCCUGUCCAUGAGAUUAACUGUUGAGCAUUUCCACACAUCCUCUGUGGAUUUGGAAGAUUCGUUGACAGAGAAGUUUGUAGAUCCAGAAUUGUACCAUUAUGUUAUCUUCUCCAACAACAUAUUAGCAUCUUCUGUUGCUAUUAAUUCUACUGUUUUGCACGCUAAAGAAAGUAAGAAGCUGGUUUUUCAUGUCUUGACAGACGGACAAAAUUUCUAUGCAAUGAAAUUAUGGUUCUCUAGUAACACAUUCAAGAAAGCCGCAAUUCAAGUGUUGAAUAUUGAAGAGUACAGUAUGAUAUCCGAUUUAUCCCUACCUGAGGAAUUUCGUGUUACCUUUCAAACUGCUCAUAAGCUUCCAAAGAUGCAUUAUAAGACGGAAUAUAUUUCCCUGUUUUCCCACUCACACUAUUUCCUACCAGAAAUUUUCAAGACUUUGGACAAAAUUGUUGUUCUGGAUGAUGAUGUUGUUGUACAGCAAGACUUGUCAGCAUUAUGGAGACUCAACAUGGGAAAGAUGGUCAAUGGUGCAUCUGAGCAUUGUGCAGUAAGGUUGGGUCAGCUGGAACAUUAUCUGGGAAGAAUCUAUUUCAAUCAAAACUCUUGUGCCUGGAUGUCCGGAUUGAAUGUGAUAAACCUGGCAAGGUGGCGGGAGCUUAAUCUUAGCCAAAAAUUCAGAAGAAUAGUCCAACAGCUUAAUAUGGAAGGCAGGCUGCAUGAAGCCGCUGCAUCUAGGGCUAGUUUGCUUACAUUUCAGGAUCUCGUCUAUCCUCUUGAUGAUACAUGGGUUCUCUCAGGUUUGGGUCAUGAAUAUGGUCUUGAUAUACAUUCGGUUAAGGAUUUUGCAGUGUUGCAUUAUAAUGGAAACAUGAAACCUUGGCUUGAACUAGGAAUUCCAAAAUACAGAAGUUUAUGGCUUAAGUUUUUAAACAGAGAGGACCAGUUUUUGAGUGAUUGCAAUGUGAUUCCUUAGAGAGAGGAGGAUCCAGGUUGUUGAAGUAUAAGUUACGGCAUUCUUUUACCUUAGUUGAGGAUUUUAAAGAAUCCUUCGUUGCUAGGACUUCAGAGAUGCAGCCACAACUCUAAAGAUGGAGUUGUUGGCGUGUUAUAUUCUAGAAUUCGUAGUUGAAUAGACUCGACAAUCCAAUUAUUCUUUCAAUUAACACAAGAGUACAUUGUUGAUCAAAUGGAUGCAGAAGAGCUCCUUGUCAACUCAAAUUUCGGGAAUUGAUGGAGUUAUGCUUGGACAUGUUUAGCUUAUGAUUUCAGGGAUAUUGGGAACAUCAAGGGAAUCUAUAUAUCUUUUUUAAGUUGCACGAUCCGAUCAUGAGAAGGUAAAUCAAAAUCCAAUUGCUUGCUAUCCUGAGCAGAUCAAAUGUGUUGUGCUGUGCGUAUGUUAUAGUAGUAAUUAAAGUGUUGUGUAAAUGAUAGGUGGUCUAAGACCCCUUUGUUUUGAACAACCCGUUUUUUGUUUGGACUGAAUAUUGCUUGCCGAUUUGCUCUAUAUAUUUGGUUUCUUAUUUUUA